AUGGCUCGAUCGGUGAAGACGGCAGUGAUCGGAGCCGGACCUGGUGGUUUGGUCGCCGCCCGGGAGCUCCGCCGCGAGGGCCACGAGGUCACCGUCUUCGAGAAGUCCACCCGCGUUGGCGGUACUUGGGUCUACGAUCCCACCACCGACUCCGAUCGGGUGGCCGUCCAUGGGAGCUUAUACCGCUGGCUGCACACCAAUCUCCCUCGCCAGCUGAUGGGUUUCUUCGAUUACCCAUUUCCUCGGCCAUCGGAGAGCUUCGUCGAUCCCUGGGCGUUCCCGGCGCAUGAGGAAGUGCUUGCUUUCCUUGAGGGUUUCGCGAGGGAUUUUGGGGUUUUGGAGAUGGUUCGGUUUGGUGCGGAGGUGGUUAGGGUUUGGUUGGAGGGGGACAGCGGCGAGUGGAGCGUGGAGUGGAGGAAUGAGGAUGGAUCGGUGGCGGAGGAAAGGUUUGAGGCGGUGGUGGUCGCUAACGGGCAUUUUUCCGUGCCGAGGAUCCCUGAGAUUCCGGGUGAGUUGCAAAGAUGUUCUUGA